AUGGAAAUAAAGGAUGCUUUGUUUGCUAUUGGGAAUGAUAAGGCUCCUGGCCCUGAUGGGUUUUCGUCUAAAUUCUUUAAAGCGACUUGGAGUGUGCGGCCCUUUGCCUAUUGUAAUGUGUUGCUAAAGUAUAUCAGUAAAAUUAUUGCUGAACGGAUAAAAGGCUCUUUGGAUGUUCUUAUUAGCAAGGCUCAAUCUGCGUUCAUUCCUGGGCGUCAAAUCACUGAUAAUAUCUUAAUGAUGCAUGAACUAGUUGUUGGUUAUCAACGAUCUAAAGGGGAACCAAAAUGUGCUUUUAAGAUUGACAUUCGGAAAGCAUAUGAUACAGUUGACUGGCAAUUUCUUUUAGAGAUGCUAAAAGGAAUGGGUUUUUGUCACACCCCACUAAAGCGGAAACGCGGAAUAACGAUCGGGUUUGUCUCCAAGUCUGGAAAAAGUGAGGUGUUUUUCGGGAAUGUGGCGAUGGAGGUUCAAACUCUUAUUCGUAAUAGCUUAUCUUUUCGGCCGGGGGUAUAUCCUAUUCGUUAUCUGGGAGUUCCUCUAUCUCCAGUUCGUUUGAAGACUGAACUUGAUCGUAUCCAGAUGGAUGUUGAUAAUGAUCYGUCUAAUGUUGAGCUAGGCCAAGAGUUGGGUCAUAUUCGGGUAGCGUAUCAAAAUGCCUGUUGGGAUGAGAAUUGUGCCGCGAAUCAGCGUGCCAAAAUUGCUUGGUUGAAUGAAGGUGAUUUGAAUACAAAAUUCUUCCAUAAGGUGAUUAAAGAGCGGCAUCAUUACAAUUCUAUUCAGUCUGUGUGUACAAGUGAUGGAGCUUAUGUCUAUGGUGAUGAUGUGCCUAAUGUUUUUGUGGAUCAUUUUAAAGACUUUCUAGGCUCGAGGUAUGUUUCUUCUGAACAGACUAUCACUAAUGAUGUUUUCAURCGUAAACUUUCUUUGGCGGAAGCUAACCAUAUGAUCAGACCAAUUCAAAAUGAAGAAAUUAAAAAUGCUAUGUUUAGCAUUGGUAAUUAUAAAGCUCCUGGGUCUGAUGGGUUUUCUUCAAAGUUUUUCAAAGCGGCUUGGGACAUUGUUGGCCGUGAUGUGGAGACUGCAAUUCACAAUUUCUUUUACCGAGAAUCUAUAUUUCGUAAAUUCCUUUGGGCUCCGAGGGAAGAUCUGCGUGGUAAAUGUCGGUUAUCUUGGGAUACGGUUUGUAGGCCACUGGAAUCUGGGGGUCUUGGAAUUAAAAGGCUUUCUACUUGGAAUCGGGCUUUACUUGCAAAACAUGUGUGGGAUAUUGCUAGGCGACGGGAUUCUAUGUGGGUUCGUUGGAUUUAUAGUAAUAAUCUCCGUUCUUCGAAUUUCUGGAUGGUUCGUAAGAAUUCUAAUUGGUCUUGGGUUUUUCGUAAGCUACUAGACUUGCGGAUUCAUUUACGUCGGUUUCUUUUCUCUCAAAUUGGUGACGGUUGGAACACGAAUGCUUGGGAGGAUGCUUGGUUAUCUUGUGGCCCUCUAUCCGCGUUUAUCUCUUACCGAUGGAAUGGUAAUUGGCCUGAUGAUUGGUGUGAACGGUUUGAUAUGCUUCAAAAUUCUCCGCUUCCUUUAUUGACUUCUGAUUGUGAUAGAGUUCUUUGGGGAGAUGCUUAUAAUUUGUGUUCGGAUUUUACAGUAGGUAAGGCUUGGGCUUCWUUAGAGGGUAAUCAUCCUGUGAUCCCUUGGUCUAAAUUGGUUUGGUUCUCAGGUCAUAUUCCGAAGCAUGCCUUCUGUUUUUGGUUGGCUUGUCAGAGAAGGCUUCCRACUCAAGACCGUUUACAUUGGAAGGAUGAGCCCCCAGAUAUGGAGUGUUCACUGUGUGGUCAAUGUUUGGAUAGUCAUGAUCAUUUAUUCUUUCAAUGUUCGUAUGCAGGAGCUGUAUGGACUAGUGUUCUAGUUUUGAUGGAUAUGACGGGUAUGCCUUCAAGGUGGGAACAGAUUGUCCAAGUUAUUUCGGAUCCUAAUAUUCGUCCGAAGCUGUUAAAGCAGAAACUUGGUGUGGCGGCUACUCUUUACUAUAUUUGGCAAGAACGCAAUAGAAGACUUUUUUCUGCGACUAAGCGUACGGUUCAAGAUCUUACUGCUGUUAUUAGGGAAUCUAUCUCCAUUCGAGCAGAUUGGUUGGCGUGUCGUCCUGUGCUUACUUAUGGUUGA